UCAUAGUUAUAAGUUUUGACCAAUGCAAUUUCAGUAAGGUAAAGUUUUUUAUUCCACCCCUAGCUAUUAACCUUCCUGUGACUGAUGCUGUUUGUAGUCCCUCCAUAUACCUUGGGGAAAAUGCCCAAUGAGGCUAGGCGAAUCCAGUGAUACGCAGACCACGGCUCCAGCAGCAGUCUGGCUCUGUGAGGCAGCUCAGAGCGGAGGGGAGGGGAGGGGAGCUCACGUUCAAUACCGACCACCGACAACUGGAAAAGCCUCCUACGGUAGCAUCACAGCGACACGCAGCCGGGGAAGAUGGUCGCAGUGCAGACAUCCCCCAAUUCGUCUCCGUCGGCAGAGUGGAUCUGCUGUCUAGAUAAAAGGCCCGCAGAGCGUUCAGGGGAGGAUGUGGACAUUAUUCUAACCAGACUGAGAGAGGUCAAAGCCUUCCAGAGGUUUCCACCUCCUCUGCUACUACAGAUCUGUGCCUGUGCCUUCUAUGAAUGCCUUGAGAAAGGCAUCACGUUGUUCCGGCAGGGAGACAUAGGCACCAGUUGGUAUGCCGUCUUGUCUGGCUCCCUGGAUGUGAAAGUGUCGGAAACCGCCAAUCACCAGGAUGCAGUCACUAUCUGCACCCUGGGGAUCGGGACGGCCUUUGGGGAGUCCAUCCUGGACAACACACCUCGCCAUGCUACUAUUGUCAGCAGAGAGACCAGCGAGCUUCUCCGGAUUGAACAGAGGGAGUUCAAGACCCUCUGGGAGAAGUAUCGUCAGAGCCUGGCUGGACUGCUAGCUCCACCUUAUGGAGCCAUGGAGAGUGCAUCCAAUAAUGAUCGACUCACAGAAAACAUGAACUCAGACUCUGCAAACAAAGCUCACAACAAGAUACCCUCAGAGAAGUUGCAGAGAGCAGGAAAAGUUCUCCGCAACGCAGUCCUGUCAAGGGCGCCGCACAUGAUUCGUGACAGGAAGUAUCACCUCAAAACAUACAGACAAUGCUGUGUAGGCACAGAGCUGGUGGACUGGUUGGUACUGCAGAGUGCCUGUGUGCUCACAAGGUCCCAUGCUGUUGGGAUGUGGCAGGCGCUUCUCGAGGAAGGAGUUCUUAAUCACGUGGAUCAGGAGCUGGGCUUCCAGGACAAGUAUCUGUUCUAUCGCUUUCUUGAUGAUGAGGAGGAAGACACACCCUUACCUAGUGAGGAUGAGAAGAGAGAGAGUGAGGAGGAGCUGCCAGAGACCAUUCUCUUUCUCGCCCAGAUUGGCCCCGACGCACUGCUGCGCAUGAUCCUCAGGAAAUCGCCUGGUCAGAGGACAGGUGACGACCUGGAAAUCAUCUAUGAUGAGCUGCUUCACAUCAAGGCCUUAGCUCACCUCUCCAACACUGUAAAGCGAGAACUGGCAAGCGUUGUGAUCUUCGAGUCACAUGCAAAAGCUGGAACUGUGUUAUUCAACCAAGGAGAGGAGGGAACGUCAUGGUACAUCAUCCAGAAGGGCUCCGUUAAUGUGGUCAUUUAUGGGAAGGGUGUAGUGUGCACACUUCACGAGGGUGAUGACUUUGGGAAGUUAGCCCUGGUUACAGAUUCACCUCGUGCUGCUUCUAUCGUUCUGAGAGAAGACAACUGCCACUUCCUGCGUGUGGAUAAGGAGGACUUCAACAGGAUACUCAGGGAUGUGGAAGCAAACACGGUGCGUUUGAAAGAGCAUGAACAAGCUGUGCUGGUUUUAGAAAAGAGUCCCCGAGCAUCCACACUGGGAAGCAUUAAAUACACUGUGAUAUCAGGAACACCAGAAAAGAUUCUUGAGCACUUCCUGGAGACUAUGAGACUGGACAUUCAUCACAAUGAACCCGACCCAGCAGUGGAUGAUUUUGUUCUCAUGCACUGUGUCUUCAUGUCCAGUAGCCAGCUGUGCCCUCUACUCAUGGCACAAUAUCCUUUUUGCCUUUAUUUUCUCUUUCUCUCCCUGCCUGGCUUUGACCUUGUUUGCACCUACCAUGCGGCAUCUCCACCUGGCUCUGAGCAGGACCGGCUGGAGCAUGCGCUCAACAGUAAGAGAAGGGUCCUUAUUCUGGCCCUGCGCUGGGCAAACACACACACGUACAUGCUACAGGAGGAGCCCACAGCAGUCUCCUUCCUGGAGGAGUUGUACGGGAGCGUAUCGAAUGAUUCUCGUAUGGUGAGAGGUCUGAAGGAUUUGGUUCCCGACCUGGAGAAAGUAGUGAAAUUACAUUCAGAAGAGGCUAAAUCGACAAAAAAGGUGUACUGCAGUGAUCACACUUACACCACAAUCAGGAUUGCUGUGGCCGCGACAGGAAGAGAAGUGGUCAGCGCUGUGACCGACAAACUGUGCACGUCUGAUGAACUAGUGUUGGUCCAUCUCAGCUCUGCUGGUGAAAAACAAAUCCUGAAGCCUAAUGAUGUAUCAGUGUUUUCUACCGUGAGCAUCAAUGGGAGAUUAUUUGCCUGUCCUCGAGAACAGCUCAACAGUCUGAGUCUCCUUCCAGACCAAGAGGGCCCCUCUGCCGGAUCAAUGUCAACUUUUGAGCUGAUGAGCUCCAAGGACCUGGCAUAUCAGAUGACCAUGUUUGACUGGGAGCUUUUCAGCUGUGUACAUGAGCAUGAGCUGCUUUACCACACGUUUGGCCGCCAGAGCUUUAGAAGAACAACGGCUAACUUGGACCUGUUCCUGAGGAGGUUCAACCAGGUGCAGCUGUGGGUGGUCACUGAAGUUUGCCUCUGCAGUCAACUCAGCAAGAGAGUCCAGCUCCUCAAGAAGUUCAUCAAAAUAGCUGCACAUUGUCGAGAAUUUAAGAACCUCAAUUCGUUCUUUGCCAUCAUUAUGGGGAUGAGCAACCCUGCCGUCAGCAGACUGAGUCAGACAUGGGAGAAACUUCCCACCAAGUUUAAGAAGUUUUAUGCCGAGUUUGAGAGUAUGAUGGACCCAUCAAGAAACCACAGAUCCUACAGACUUACUGUCACCAAACUGGAACCACCUAUUAUACCCUUCAUGCCUCUCCUUCUUAAAGAUAUGACAUUUACACAUGAAGGCAACAAGACAUUUAUUGACAAUAUGGUGAAUUUUGAAAAAAUGCGUAUCAUAGCAAACACUAUUCGACAAGUCAGGCACUGUCGCAGCCAACCAUUCAACCCUGACGUUUGCCAACCCAACAAGAAUCAGGCAGAGGUACGGGGUUACGUCAGAAAGCUCUGCGUGAUUGACAACCAGAGGGCUCUGACGCAGCUCUCCUAUAGGCUGGAGCCUCGGCGGACAUGAGCUCCAGAUCUUCCACCGCCUGUCGCCUUCUCCACAAUCUUACUAUAAAAACACAUGAACACACACAGACACACAAACGCUACCAGGUUAAACUAACUCAACACACCUGGACUUUUAGUAGCAAAUCACAGCGGUCAGCAUUAUUAUGGACUAUCAUGGAUCAAGGACUUCUACUGUGCCGAUAAAAGCCUCUUACCCCUGGACAGACAGAAACUGUUCCGCUGCUCCCUUGUCGCCGUCUCUCAGCUCCCAGAUUUAGGCCUUUUACCGUUCUAGUUGUUACUGUUUGGGACCUGUUAGAUAGAACUGUAAUGUAUAGAACUACAAUCAAUAUCUUGCAUGACUGAAUUAAUAGGCUUUGUGUUCUAUACAGUGGAUUUCUAUCAGAGUGUCCAGUGCUGUUGUGCUUCUACCAAUAGGCCCUAAUAUAUGACUGUACCCUCCUGUUGAGCGAAUUUUUCCUCUCCUGAUGGUCCCACUCAGACUCACAUAGGAAACUCCUCAAUCUGUAGUGAUCGAGACGCAUUUUCCGUGCUACAUAUACAGAAAUCUGAGAGUACGUAUUUACUUUAUAAUCUCCUCUUCUCCAAUAAGAGUUGAAUCUAUAGGAUUUGAUUCCCUUGAGGUAAAUAUCAGUGUUAUAUAAUUAGUCAGAAACUUUAAAGGAACUUAACAGAGUAUUAGUUUGAGCAAAGCCCUAAUGAUAAUACAAAAAGUGCAGUGUUACGCUACGCUAGUGUUACGAAACCAUGAAUAUAAAUCUUUGAAGAAGUUGAAGUUGCCUGAUUGCAUCUGUCCUGAGGUCAACUGUACAACCAAACUGCACCUCUUCCAUUGGAUACAUCUGUGUACAUCUGAGUCUAAGCAAACUUGACCUUAUAGGGGAAUCCUGUUAUUUCUACCAACUGUGUUCAGUCUGUGUGAUUAUGUUUUUUGUAUAUGUGAGUGUAGAAUGUUGAAUGUGUUUUUCUUUGAUCUCAGGAGCUUUUGCUGUGAUGAUGUGAGUUGAGAACUGCCGUAAGGCUGACUUUCCCCAAAUCAGCCUGUAACUAUAUUGUAUGUGUAGUCUGCCUUGUAAAUAAAAAUGUCUAAUUUA